AUGUAUAGGCUACACGCCGAUGCUAUCAAGUUCCUCUUGAUUCAUGGGGCAAACCCCAACACGACCGAGGCUGAGGUCACGUCAGGCCAGACCACCACUCCUCCACUAGCCUAUGCCUAUAGGCGAGGCCGUGAACGUCGUAUGAAUGUAGCCCGAGCUAAGGCUAUGUGUUGGAACGACGAAUCCUACUAUGUUGUCGGAGGCUGGCGACCUAUGAGAGAAGUUAUAUACAGGCUGCACAUCAGGCUGCACAUCGACGCGGUCAAGUCUCUCUUGAUGCGCGGGGCUGACCCCAACAUAACUGAGGUUCUCAAACACUCCUUCAUCCAGGAAUGA